AUAUUUCAGCAUGUGAUGGUACGUGGUCAGAUUAUUUUCCACAUGUCGACCAUUGGGUUGCUUUCAAAAUCUAUAAAUUUGGGCGACUCAAAAAUAAUCUACAACAAGAAAUUGGAGUUGGACCCAUACCUAGAAAAUUAUAUUUCCUUACUCAAAGAAGCUCAAGCAAUGGACAAUUCUCAAAAUGCAAGUUACCAAGCUGGCCAGGCCAAGGGCCAAGCCCAGGAAAAGGGCAACCAAAUGAUGGACAAGGCUAACAAUGCUGCCCAAUCUUGCAAGGAAACUAUGCAAGAGACGGGUGAGCAAGCAAAGGCUAAAGCACAAGGAGCAGCUGAUGCAGUCAAGAAUGCAACUGGCAUGAACAAGUGAAGGCUUUAGAGAUGAUGGAUCGACGGAUCUCUUCCAACUAUCUUUUAGUGUUUUUGUUUUCUUUUUUGCCUUCCUUUUGCUUAAUUUUUGAUUGAGGAGUUUAUGUAAGCUUCUCAUUAGAUCUCUCCCUUCGUAAUAAUUAACAACGUGGUUAUUUUUCAA